AUGCUCCAUCCGACUCUUUUGUUGUGCUCUGCACUUCAGACUACUUCUGGAGGAGAAACCGGCCAGGGGGCUGAAGUCGGGCUUUCUUGUGCAACCGGGGCAGUUGAAAGGCUCGGCCUCGUCAACUGCUCGGUUGGCCGCUGGACACUCGAGCGGGUGGGACCGGACCCGCAUAGACCCGUGGAUAAUGACGACUUGCGCUGGUCUCGCCCCGGACAGGGGAUUGUGGCAGAGCAAUCGAGCAACGUACGUGAGCUAAGAUUUACAUACGUCCAGUUCAUCGUGGCAUGA